AUGUCAUUCAGAAGUUAUAAAAAUGACAUAACGAAAGGAAACCCCGACAGAAAACCACUGGUCCUCCAAGCUUGGGUUAGACAGGAGGCGGACUACCUCCUCCCGGGGAAAAAUGGGAAUUACAGAAACAAGGGACAUCAAAGAGCAAUUAACGAAGUCCGGGUAAAACGGGGACCGCCCAAUGGUGGCAGUAAGACGACAAGGGGUGGAAGCCUUAGGGAAGCCCAGCGUCCGACUAGAUCCCUUGUGACACCCAAACAGACAUUCACCAUCGGACGCUGGAAUGUGCGAACAAUAUAUCGAGGAGGAGCUUCAGCACAGAUUGCGAAAGAAAUGGAAGGAUACCAACUGGACAUUCUGGGAAUCAGUGAGUGCAGAUGGACGGAAGCUGGGAAGACGAGACUGGCCUCAGACCAGACCGUCAUAUACAGAGGGGAUAAAGAAUUAUAUGAGGGAGGAGUUGCCAUAAUGAUCAGCCAGCACGCAAUGAAAGCACUCAUAGAAUGGACACCCAUCAGCAAGAGAAUCAUGACAGCACGAUUCUAUUCAAGCAACAGGAUAGUGUCGUUGAUCCAAGCAUAUGCGCCAUAUAAUCAAAAGAUAGAAGGGGAGAAAGACCAAUUCUAUCAGGAGUUACAAGGUCUUUGGAUGGAUGUAAUAAGAACGACAUUAUUAUUAUUAUCAUUGGGGACCUCAACGCCAAGAAACAUUGUUCCCCUUAAAGACAAACACAAAGCAACAUGGGUGUCUGUUACUGGAACAGUGAAAACCCAGAAUGACUAUCUUCUCAUUAGUGGACAGUGGAGAUCUUCUGUUCUUGAGCUGAUGCCAACAGCGACCACUACCUGGUGA